UCCCCCUCCACUCACUCACUCCAAACCUAUUAACUUCAUCACCUACUAACAAACAACACUAUACAUGGACAUUUAUGAAAUGUCACCCUCCGAUUACUCCGGCGUUGACGAGCUACUCGACUUUUCCAACCACCACGACGACAUCCUCUCCCCCAACGAUAUCAUUCACCAACAUCACAACCUUACCUCCUCGUCCAUCGCCAACGGCUACCAUUAUUAUGGAGCUACCACCAAUGACCACAACAACAAAGAUGCCCCUCCUACCAACUACCACCAACACUCGACCGACUUCACCGACCACCUCUCUGUCCCCAGUGAUGACGUGGCAGAGCUCGAAUGGCUAUCAAACUUUGUACAUGACUCGUUCAGUGAUUUUCCGGCGAAUAAUCUCGCCGGAACGAUAAACUACCGACCGGAAAACACAUCGUUUCACAGCCGAUCUAGAACAAAGAGAACCAGAGCGCCUACAACACCAUCACCUACACCUACACCUAUAAUCUGCAACACAACAACAAUGAAGCUUGAACCGUACUCACCGUCACCGCCGGCAACCUCAUCGUCGGAGAGUAAUGAAACAGUCCGCCGGUGCACACACUGCGCGUCGGAGAAGACGCCGCAGUGGAGAACAGGACCGCUAGGGCCGAAAACGUUGUGUAACGCAUGUGGCGUGCGGUACAAGUCAGGGAGAUUAGUGCCGGAGUAUCGACCGGCGGCGAGUCCGACUUUCGUGCUGACUCAGCACUCCAACUCGCACCGGAAAGUUAUGGAGCUCCGGCGGCAGAAGGAGAUGAUGCUCCGCCCGCAGCAACCGUCGCCAACGGCUGAGUACCAGAUCUACGGCGGCGGACACCACCACCACCACAACCGUAACAACUAUGAGGUUUGCUGACGUCAGCUGUAACGGUUUUUAAGUUCAUCGAUUGGAAAAGCAGUUUGAGGAAUUUAGAAUUUUGUGAUUUUUGUGCAUGUGAUGAUCAUCGAUAUUCUUGUUGAUUUUCUGAAUAAAUUGAUUAAAAUUAUGUUUUU